AUCAUCUUCUUCUUCUUCAUCAAUCGCUCGUUCUCUAAAGAAACAGUAGCAACCAAGAUCUAUCAAUGGCUAUUGCAGGGUUCGUGAAGGGCACAGGAGUGGAUGAUUAUAAGGGCCAAUUGACGUUAUUUGUGCUACUUUCUUGUAUGGUGGCUGCCAUGGGAGGCCUCAUUUUCGGCUACGACAUUGGAAUUUCAGGUGGAGUAACAUCAAUGGAGCCAUUUCUGAACAAAUUUUUCGCGGAAGUGAACAGAAAGAUGAAAGAAGAUGAAGAAAUAAGCAACUACUGCAAAUUCGAUAGCCAACUCUUGACCUCCUUCACGUCUUCCCUCUACAUUGCCGGCCUUGUAUUCACCUUCUUUGCUUCCUCCGUCACCAGAUCCUUCGGAAGAAAGCCUUCCAUUCUCGCCGGUGGCGUAGCCUUUCUCGUCGGUGCCGCCUUGGGCGGAGCGGCCGCCAAUGUCUACAUGCUUCUACUUGGCCGGAUACUGCUCGGAAUCGGCCUUGGAUUCACUAAUCAGGCGAUUCCUCUGUAUCUCUCGGAAAUGGCACCGCACAAUUACAGGGGAGCAAUCAACAAUGGCUUCCAACUCUGCGUUGGAAUCGGCGUACUUUCGGCUAAUCUCGUCAAUUUCGGAACCGAGAAGCUCAAGAACAGCUCCAGUUGGCGAAUCUCCUUAGCUUUGGCUGGGGUUCCGGCGUCGCUAUUAACCUUAGGUUCGAUUUUCUUACCUGAAACUCCAAACAGCCUGAUUCAACGCAGCGAUGAACAUCAGAAGGCGAAGAAAAUGCUGCAACGGAUCCGUGGAACAGACGACGUCGACGCGGAAUUCGAAGAUCUCGUGAAGGCGAAUGCAACAUCAAAGGCAAUCAAGAAACCGUUUGUGAAAAUUACUCAACGAAAGUACAGACCUCAACUUGUGAUGGCCAUAUCCAUACAGUUCUUCCAACAAGUAACUGGUAUCAAUGUCAUUUCAUUCUACGCGCCAAUUCUUUUUAGAACUGUUGGAUUAGAUGAAAGUGGUUCGCUGUUGUCGGCAGUCGUGGUUGGGGUUGUGGGAACUGCAGCGACCUUAAUUUCAAUGCUUCUAGUAGACAAGCUUGGGCGAAGAGCUUUGUUCACAAUUGGGGGAGUUCAAAUGUUUGUUUCGCAGAUUGUAAUUGGAAGCAUAAUGGCUGCUCAACUGGGUGAUCAUGGCGGGCUGAGCACAGGGUAUGCGUAUCUUGUUCUUGUUUUGAUAUGCAUAUAUGUUGCUGGGUUUGCGUGGUCUUGGGGUCCUCUUGGUUGGUUGGUUCCGAGUGAGAUUUUUCAGCUGGAGAUUAGAUCAGCUGGGCAGAGCAUUACAGUGGCUGCAAAUUUUCUCUUCACUUUCGCCAUAGCUCAGAGCUUUCUCUUUAUGCUUUGUCGCUUGAAAAGUGGCACUUUCUUCUUCUUUGGUGGAUGGGUUUUGAUUAUGACUUCCUUUGUGUUGCUUUUCUUGCCGGAGACUAAGUAUAUUCCCAUUGAACAGAUGGAUAGGGUUUGGAUGGAGCAUUGGUUUUGGAAGAGGAUUGUCGUGGAACCGGGACAAGAGUCGAUAGUAUAAAGAACAGACGACCACUCGACAUAAAAUUGUUAAGUCUUCACUACUCCAAUUGUUGUGGAAUCCGGACAAGAGUCGAGAGUAUAAGGAAUGGAUGACUACUCAACAUAAAAUUGUUAUAAGUCUUUACGACUACUCCAAUUGUUGUGGAACUCGGAAAAGAGUUGAGAGUAUAAAGAACGGAUGACCACUCAACAUAAAAUUGUUAUAAGUCUUAACGACUACAAUUGUUGUGGAACCGGGACAAGAGUCGAGAGUAUAAGAAACGGAUGACCACUCGACAUAAAAUUGUUAUAAGUUUUCACGACUAGUCCAAUUGUUGUGGAAUCCAGCAAGAGUUGAGAGUAUAAAAAACGGAUAACCACUCAACAUGAAAUUGGUAUAAGUCUUCGCGACUACUCUUAAUUGUGAAGGUAGAUUUGGUU